GGAAGAAGGUCACAGCAUUAAAUCCAAGAUGGCGACCCCCUUGUGUCAGUGUUACCAGAUAUGUGUAAGAAGAGGCUUGGUGUCAGUCCCUUCCUCGUACCUGCUACUUCACAACAGACCCAAUGUGUACAGGAUACGAGGGGUCCUCACCUGUUCUUCACAGGUGCUUCAGUCACCCCUUCUGCAGGUGAGGUAUCUGUCCGGAGAGCGAGGUGGUGGCAGAAAAGGAUUCCUGGGGGAGCUUCUGGAAAACAUUAAGCAGGAGCUAAACAAGAACAAGGAAAUGAAAGAAAACAUCAAGAAGUUCCGAGAAGAGGCCAAAAAACUGGAGGAGUCAGAUGCAUUGAAACAAGCUCGAAGGAAAUAUAAAACGAUAGAGUCUGAAACAGUGAAGACCUCCGAUGUUCUCAAGAAGAAGUUGGGAACCCUCUCUGAGACAGUUAAAGAGGGGUUAGAGGAGGUCAGUCGUACAGAAAUUGGGAAGAAAAUCAAGGAUGGAAUGGAAGAAGCAGCCAAAACAGCAAAGACCUCAGCGGAGUCUGUCUCUAGAGGUGGCGAGAUGUUGGGGAAGACUGGUGCGUUCAGAGCAAUAUCACAGGGCAUGGAGAGUGUGAAGAAAGAGAUUGGUGACCUGGGUCACACUGGCCCUUAUCGGCCUCCUGCAAGACUCAGGAAGAGGAGUGAGUUCUCCUCCAAAGGGGCAGGGGAUGACAGCAAGGUCUUCGAAGCCAACGAGGAAGCUAUGGGUGUGGUGCUCCACAAAGACUCAAAAUGGUACCAGCAGUGGAAGGACUUCAAAGACAACAACAUGGUCUUCAACAGGUUCUUUGAGAUGAAAAUGAAGUACGAUGAGAGUGACAACGCUCUCAUCAGAGCAUCUCGUGCUGUCACCGACAAGAUGACUGACCUCAUAGGUGGGCUCUUCUCUAAGACUGAGAUGUCUGAAGUACUAACAGAGAUUUUGAAGGCGGACCCAUCCUUUGACAAAGAUUCUUUCCUCAAGCAGUGUGAACGAGAUAUAAUUCCCAAUAUACUCGAGGCAAUGAUCAGAGGGGAGCUGGAGGUACUGAAGGACUGGUGUUAUGAAGCGACAUACAGCCAGCUGGCACACCCAAUUCAGCAAGCCAAGGCCAUGGGACUUCAGUUCCACUCGAAGAUCCUGGACAUUGACAAUAUUGAUCUGGCCAUGGGAAAGAUGAUGGACCAGGGUCCAGUGCUGAUCAUCACCUUCCAGGCUCAGUUAGUAAUGGUGAUCCGAAACACCAAAGGAGAGGUGGUGGAGGGAGACCCAGAAAAAGUGCUCAGGAUGAUGUACGUGUGGGCUCUGUGUCGAGACCAGGAGGAGCUCAACCCUUAUGCUGCCUGGAGACUACUUGACAUCUCUGCCUCUAGCACUGAACAGAUCCUCUAAGACUCUUUGAUGCACACAAAACACUCAGAGAGAGAGAACAUGUUGUACCUGAACAGGCCCUGCAGCUGGCCGGGAAGAAGUUGGGGGGGACAUAGAGAGGAGGGACACGGGCUCACUUCACAACAGAAAUAUUGUUUAGUGGUGUUGCUAAACGCUAGGUGCUUAAUUGUCUCUUUCUUUUAUUUCGCUGGCUUUGGGUUCAGGCACAACAAUCUUGGGGUUUUCCUUAAAUGACUCUCAUGUUCCUCUGGCUCACACUAGGGGGCGGUAGAAGACAAAUAACACUCACUGUACUCUCUGCAAUGCCUGUGCAUUUAUUGAAACUGUGUGGUGCAGGACAACUUACUGUUAUUUAAAGGGUACAUGAACUUAUUUAACUUGCAUUUAGAUCUUUAAUCAUGGGUAUAAGAAAGGAAAAAGGUGGAAAUCAAGGGAACUGAGCCCCUGAACUUCAGGUUGACGUCAGUAUGUAAAAAAAUCUUGUCCUCUGUCCUUCAGUCCCUCACAAUCACUCUUUCUCUCUGAGGCGUCGUCAUCUUGGUGGUGUUGUAGCCAAUCAGUGCUCUCCUUGAUCCUUGUUUGUAUGAUAAUCGUCCACUGUUAAUUGUUAAAAUGUAAGAAAGUCUAUAUUUAUUAUGAAAAAUAAAGAUGGCCCCUGUUUUUUCACAAUAACACUUUUGAAAAUAAAUUUCUAUGAAGUAUUUUUCUUACCAUCUACACUUCAAAUGGUUAAGCUUCUCUGAUCUAGAGGAUAUCACAUGACUCCUUCUAGGGCAGUUGCUAAUUAUUUUUUUAAUUAAUUCCUCAAGUGGGAUUCAGUGUUCGCUAUAUUUCCUUUGGGAACAGUGCAGUUUCUGAAUGAAUUUUUACAGUUGUAUUUCUGGAGCAGAGCUACAGCACUCAUUUGCUUUGAGUGAAAUUUAGCUUCCUUUGCAAACUGGUGGAUUACGCACAAAAUUGAGCAUGAUCACUUUGAUAGCUUCAGUCCUGACAUUAACACUAUGUGCCAUCAUACAUUUCUGUUCAGAUUACUGCUUUGACCUUCAGUUUUGUGGAGGGUAAUAAGCCACUCCUACAUGUGUUCAACUGUGCCAUGCCGUUGCUGUACACACCACAGCCAUAUGGCUUACUAUUAUUGACCCGAAACCUCUCUUGGACAAAUGAAACUAAGGUUGCAAAGACUAAAUGGCACCAAUUUCACCAAGUCUUACCAUUAAUCUGAGUUGUCUCCACAUGUCCUUGAUGUGGUUAGAGGUCACCUCCGCAUGCUGUCUGCUCUACUGACUGACACUGGGAUUCAUGACAAGGAUAUGCUCACCUCAUUUUACUUCCAGAAUUAAUGGUGUUCAAUUUGUGUUUGUAACCCAUUUACCUCUGAUUUUUUGUAGACACUAGUUUAUAAGUGGACAGAGAAUGUAGAUUGCAAACAAAGCUGCAUCACGGUGAGCCUUUUUCUCUUGUCAAGCCAACAGGAAUGUAUUUGUCUUUGCAUCUUUCCCACUCUGUAAGAUAUCACCACCUCAAUUAAAAUGUCUCAACUUCUUUUGCACA